AUGUAUGGUAGAUCUCCUCAUCUCCGUCAAGCCCAGAAUAGUCCUCAACGGGCCGAGGUUCAUGAGAGUAUUCGAGAUCUUCUCUCUGAACGCCGAUCUGGGGCUAUGUUACAUGCCAAGCCUCCAGUUUCUCUGGCUCCUGGUACCAUUGUUUUCGCCCGGAAUCAUGAUUUGGAUCGCAAGUACAAGGUUGGGAAACGUUGGAGUCUUAUGAGGGUUCUUCGGCAAGAAGGGGUGAAGGUUUACCUCGUGGACUAUGGCUCGUCUCCUACUUCGCGUGCCCUGGAACGUCAUGUACGGGAAUGUUUGCCAGCACCACCAGAGUUCUUGGCUAAGCCUUUGAAGACUGGACUACAUUCUGUUACAAGGAGCGGUCGCAAUGUUCAGCUCUCUUCGAAGUCUUUUUCGAUGCCUCAGCAAGGCUCUCCUGCCAAAUUCAAGAUUCCUGUCCGUUACUCUUUGCGGGUGAAGGGGAAGUCUGCUGAUGCAUCAGCAGCAAGCCAUCCGCAGCAUGUUGCUCAUCAGGCAGAUACAACCUCAGAUGGUGAUGUUCGUCGCUCGCGAGUAUCUGGUCGAGCAAUCCGAAAGCCUGUUCGAUAUAGAUUCUGA